CAGAAAUACGAGUUUAUGAGCCGGACGGGCGAGGGCGCAUAUGGAUCCGUUUGGAGGGCGCGAGACAAAAACACAGGAGUUCUUGUGGCGGUCAAGAAGAUGAAGGAUGUGCCAGCCACCGAGGAGGUGCGCGAGGGCGAAAUCGCCAUGCGGGAGGUGCGCGUGCUGCAACUGGCCAAGCAUGUCAACAUUGUAAACCUGCUGGAAGCUUAUAAAAGCCAGAGCGGUCGCCUCUACCUUGUCUUCGAGUAUGUGGAGAGGACGCUCCUACAGGAGCUCAAGGGGAACCGCACUGGUCUGCCUCCCGCAGUCGUCAAGUCCAUUACCUGGCAGAUGCUCCAGGCCCUGGGUUACCUCCAUAAGAAGCAGAUCAUACAUCGCGACGUGAAGCCAUCUAAUGUCCUGUUAACGGAAAACGGCGUUGUGAAGCUUUGUGAUUUUGGGUUUGCUCGUGCGUGCGACAACGAAGCGUCGGACCCGGCGUACACCACCUACGUUGUUACCCGCUGGUACAGGCCACCGGAAGUCCUGGUCGGCGACCACUACGGGCCACCAGUCGACAUUUGGGCGCUGGGCUGCAUCUUUGCGGAGAUGCUCAUCGGUCGGCCGCUGUUCCCCGGCAAGAACCACCACGACCAGCUCUGGCUCAUACUCAAGUCCCUGGGGGCUAUGACGGAGCACCAGCUGGACCUGCUAGAGGCAGAUCCGCAGUUUGCUUGCUUCCGACUGCCCAAGCCCUCAGAAAUUGAGUCCCUGGACCAAAGG